AUGGCUGCUGAUCAAACUCCGCCUUUUACGGAGUUGAUGGAUACGGAAUCCAAGAAACAUUCGAAGCUGCGAUACGCAUUCGUCAAGAACAGUUUUCUUGAUGGGUUGGGUUCGAUUCGGAAGGACGCGACUGUGGAGUCUAUUUACACGAACAAUUUUCGGAGCUCAAGCAGUCGAUUAUGGUACGAAGCAUUCGUUAAUUUGAAGAAGGUUGUGGCGGGUAACCCAAAACAGAGGACUCCCAACUUGAAGUUCGCAUGGUUCGGGUCUUCAAGGUCCGAGAUAGCAAAUAUAAUUUGCAACGGUUUCACAAGAUUUGAUGGGGGUGGACAGUUCUCUGGUUCGGGUGUGUGUCUCUCUCCUAUGGAGUAUUCUGUUGACAGUGCAUUAUCAGCAGUUCCAGAUGAAAAUGGAGUGAGGCAUGUUUUGCUGUGUAUGGUAAUCUUGGGUGAUACCGAACUGGUUCAACCCGGUUCGGUUCAAUCUCGGCCGAGUUCCGACGAAUUCGAAUCAGGAGUGGAUGAUAUAUCAAACCCUAGAAGAUACAUCAUAUGGGCUCCCAACAUCAACUCCCAUAUCUGUCCUAAGUUUGUCAUCAGCUUCAAGCUUGCCAAUUCUGCAGCUGCUCCUCCAAGGAUCCAGCAGCCAAAGCCGCCUCCCAUUAACGUCUUGUCGAUGAAACCUCUUGGCUCUCUAUGGUUUGGCAACUGGAAGUUAGGAGCUAAGUAA